GAGUGCCCGCAACGCAAACUAUUGCGUUUCGCGCAAGUCAAAAUACUAUAGUGACCAUACUGCCAUCGCUUCUGGACGACGGUCGGUUUGGCCAAGUAGAUUACCAGUAGUAGCAGCAGGAGGAUAAAGAGAGAGAAAACAAAACAAUCAAGUGAAGUCUCACAAUUUGUACAGUCCCUUUCGGAGAGAGGUUCGUUGUCUCCGUUCGGUUUUUUUUUUUCAGAGCUUGUCCAAAGUCUGAGGCACAGAAAUUUCCACUUCGUCUUGCGCUGAAUCUUGUGUGUUGCUGUUUGGGCUAAAAGUGCUUUGUUGCUUUUGCCGAAAUUGCUCAAAUUUUGCCGACCGUUGGCUGUGCUUUGUGGGUUGCUGCGAUCGACACUAGGCUUGUUGUUGCGGAUGAUUGGUUGUCGAAAUUGCUUCAGAUCAAAUCUUUCAGUUCGAUCGUCCAAGUGAAAGGCAGAGAAAAGAAAAUUUUUCUUUGCUGCAGCUCACAAAAGAAUAGAAAAGAAGCAAGCAAGACAAGGAAAGUCUCGAUCGAAGCGCAAGAAAGAGAAAAGAUCACGAUCUUUCGGUCAAAGUGGACAGUGUGUAGAGCGAAAGAAAAAAAAGAAACAAGGCAGUGUUUGUGUGUGCUGGUACUUGGUGCAGAAGGAAGAAGAAGAUUUCAUUUUGACAUUUUGAUUUAUCUUUCGCUUCUCUCGCAUGUUGUGAGACAUUUGCUGUGCUGCUUGAAAAGCAGUUUUUAUGUUGGUUUUGGAGUUUAUCGUGGCGAGUUCUGGCUUGAUUAGUUGCUGAAAAGUGAAACUAGUUUGUGGUUUCGCCGGUGGAAGUGUUAGAAAUCAAGGUUCUUACUACAGUUGGCUGCUACGGUAACCGAAAACGACUCGGCUACUGCGUGACAGCUCGGCACGUACAACACUUCUAUGAGCAGUGGUGACCGCGGGAGGCGGGGAGUAUCUCUUUUUCUGGCAACUCGGUACCCCAAAGGCAGCAACACUGAAGAAGUUAGUGCAAACACGUCUCAAUAUGAUCCGAGAUCCGGGUGCCGGUCCUCACGAAAGUCCAGAACCGCAACCGUCGAUCAAAUAUGAACGGAUUGUAUAUGACACGCACCGACCGCAAAUGCCUGUGGCAGUACAUGCGGUCACUCCAAUGGAACUGGAUCCGGAAACCCCGCUGGACAUGACCGUGCGCCGGAAGGACUCGUCGGAUCGACAGCCCGAGGUGAACACCACCGGAUCGCCCGCGGCAGCUGACCAACAGCACAGCUCCAACGCAGGCGGCGGAAAUGGCAGUGAUGCGCCAAUCAAUCUAAACACACGUCCCAGUGUGAUAACGAAAGCGCCUCCGCCGCCAAUCAAGAAGCGCAUCAGCAGUAUGCAUAGCAAUGGUGAAAUAGUGAUAAAAAGCGCUGUGGGUGAUAAUCUUUCUCCGGUCAACUGUGACGUUUUCAUCGAGGAACACUUCCGGAGAUCGCUAGGUAAUACUUAUGCUUCCAUCUAUGGAAAUAACAACAAUAAUCAGCAGAAAAGCAGUGGCAGUGAUACCAGAAACAGUAGUACUAGCAGCAGUAGCAGUAUUAGCAGUAGUUCAAGCAAUAGUAGCAGCAACAGUGUCGGCUUGAGCACUAACAGUAGCUCCAGUGGAAUCAGCAGUGUUGCCAGUAUGGUUCCCAUCGGUACCAGUAGCAGUGCCGGCAGUCUCAUUGGAAACAGCGUUAACUUCAACGUUAACAGCCACCUUGUAAGCGUAAGUCCUAUUGUUAGGCACAAUAAUGUAAUCCCACCGGCAGUUGAGAUCUCACCGUUGCUUAAGGUAAAAGCUGAACCGGGAUUAGUUCAGCCACUCGUUCGACCAGAGCUUAAGGUCAAAGCUGAACUAGGCACCGUGCAGCACGUUAGGCCCGACUCUGAGGAAGAGGUCGACGAUCAUUUUGCUAAGGCUCUUGGAAAUGACACAUGGAAAAUGAUACAAGAGAAGAAGAGGAACCUUUGAGCAAUGGAAAAACCAGCUUUCUUUAGACUCAUACAAUGUUGGUUGGUAAUAUAUUUAGGCAAUAUUAAGGUUCACUCGUAAGAAACCCGGUGUGGAAGCCUGAAAAGUAAUAUGCAACAACAACAACAAUCGUGCGCUCUUUUUUAUUAGUGAAAGUAUCAGAUUAACGUUAGAAUGUACACAGUAAAAAAAAACUACAAGCAACAUUGGUGGUGCCUCGAAAACUCGCCGAGAUUACACACAGAGAGAGUCCAAGACUAGACUUUUUUGCGAGGCACGCGUGCGUUCCGUCGUGUCCGGUCGGAGAGAACGGUCAAUUGUUAACACAUUUAUACCAUUUUUGAGAGAAUCAAAACAACCACUCGUACUAUAUUUACUAAUGCUGAUGUCUGUGUUAGGAACGCUUCUCUUUUUAUUAUUAUCAUUUUUUUUAAAUAUAAAUAGUCACUUGUUUAAAACGAGCGCAUUUACUAAUUCCUUGUUGUUUGUUGUAAAUGAUAUUUUUUGUUCCUGAUAUAGGUGUUUUCCGAUCCUUUCGUUUAGUGAAUUCCUUCUUUUUAGAUGGUUGGUGGUUCUUGUAGUGGGAAGAGAGAUCAAAUAAGGGCUUUCUUUAGUUGACAAUCAGUUGAAAAUUUACAUCUCUUCAUUAAGUAGAUAGAAGUAUCAAUCAUUACGACAGUACAUAAUCCUGAAAAUCUCAGUCGGAAUGAUUUUUAGUGGUUUGAUUAGAGCAUGAAUAAACCUAAAGGCGAUUACUACUUCCAGAGCCAUGCACGACCGCAUUUUCGUAGCCAAGUGUAGGUUCAAUCGGCUUUAAGAAGACGAGAAGCUACAUCGAAUUUGGAUGUAACUGAUCACGAAACCGAGCUAAACAGUAGAUUUGCAGAAAUCUACUGUCCAUAAAUGUUUGAUGUAGAACUAUUAUAGAAACACUGUCAUUUGGAUCUACUUCAUCGGUGAAUCAGAAUAAAACUGGAGGGCGUCGUUGUGAAGAGUCCUGAUGUCGUUAUCGAUGGUCAAGAAUCUUGUAAGAAUCUCUCGAACGACCCAAUGACUUGUUAGGAAAAGCUUCUGGAGCUACAUCCGCUCUCUUGAUAUAAGCUGGCAGCUUUCCAAGGUUCCAAGCUGUGCCUCAACCUGCGAAAUCUCCCUCGUUAUCUUCAAGGCCAGCAAGCAGUCAAGAGCUUAUAACAGGCUUGAGAACCCAGAAUUGGAUAAUUUCUGCUCUCAUCUCAUGUACUGAAUGUAGAGAGAUCUUCGGACAUCAGUAGCCACAACUUGAAGGAUUUGCCAUCGAUUCUUGAUACGAUGUUCAGCCUGAAAUCCACAUUGAAAUAACGCAAAGAACGCAUACCUCCCUGGAGUCAUAGAGGAUAUUUUUAUCAGUAUUCCUCUAAAAAUUUUUGCAAGUACCUUCCGGAGUAUUUUAGAAAUUCCUCUAAUAAUUUCAAUCAAGAUUUCUACAAAAAUGUUUCAAAUUUCUUACAAGGAUUUAUCCAUGAUUUCCUACAGAGAUUCCUCCAAGAACUCCUUCAACAAUUUCGCAAAGUGUUCGUCCAGGUAUUCUAAAUAAAGGUCAACAAUGCCAGCGUUUCUUGUGAGAUAAAUAUGUGAUCUAUGUCCAUUGGGUUCUGCUACUCACCUGAAGCUAUAUGAAGAACAAUAUAUUAAUAGAUAGUAAUGCAACAUGCAAUAUUAUCACCGAGAGCAGACGAACUAUUUCUGAAGACACGCUGCGUAGAUGAUAAGCUCAGCUGGCGAAAAGCUGACGAAGUAGCUGAACAGCGAACAAAGGGAGGAUUAUACGCUAGCAAAAUAUUGACCAAAAUAAAGAAUAAUGUAAGCCUUGCUAUGAAAUUAGAUUUUUGGUUUUAAGUGCUCUGAGUCUAAACCUUCUGGAAGCAGAACUGUUUCAAAAUCAAUGUCUGGGAGUACUUUCUGAUACAUGAGAUGAUGCUAAGCUAUUUUGCCGUAAAAUCGACAACGUAAUUCAAUUAAGGCUCAAGAAUCCAUCAUUCAAUCAUCAGCAAUCAUCAAAAAUGAAAAAACAGUUUUUUUUCGCUCAAAUUUAAUGAAAUCCUCAUGAAAAUCUAUCAAUGUAUUACAGAUAGCAGUCAAAAGAUCUAGAUCACUAAAUCAAUUUGAAAUUAUAAUAGUAACCAGGGAUACUUCCAAGAUUUUUUCCAGAAAUUGCGUCACAAUAUUAUUGCACAAUGUUCAUCGCAAAUUCACGGAUUUAGAACUCAAUCUAUAAAACCAAAUUCUUAGCAUGCUGUCACAAAUUCGCCCAGAAGUUUCCGUAUGAUAAACAUUGAUUGCUCCGUUAGAAAUUUUGCUUGAAAUCCUUUCCAAAUUAAUGCCAAUUUGUUUCUAUCUGAUUAUGUGCUUUCCGAAAGUGUACGAAAAAUUCCUGUAUUAUCUUCUAAAAUUUGUACGUUUUUUAACUUUUUAAUCGAGUGUAUCACUGAAAACUAUUCCAAAAUAUUCAUUGACUUAAGUUCAAAACGAGAAUUCAUCCGAUCACUUAUCGUUUUACAUUCAAUCUUCAAUCAAUUAUUUUAAUUUACGCAACAUUUUUGUGGUUUCAAAAACGUGUAACUAAGUUGCAUGACUAUGCUUGGAAUACGGAAUAUAGCACUUUCAUACAAGAAUAGGUUGGAUUUUGAAGAAGGUAUAUUUCUUACGCUAGUCCACAGUUUGCUUAGACUUUUUUUUCUCAUCGAAGUAGGCGAAGCCUCAGAGCACUUCUUUCGAAACAUCCGAAGCCAAGAAUGUGCAUGUGCACGAAGCGUGCAAUCAAUUCGACUGCGAAAUGUGAGAAACGCAAACGCUUGUCCCGCCUACCUUGUUAUUGCCCCCCCAAACCAUUUCGCCGAAGCAUUCCAAAUUUAGUCUUCUGUUGGGAUAACGUUUGAUCCUAUUUACUGAAAAAAAAAUAACGCUAUAACCUUUCACCAACCACAUCCGAUCCGUAGCUGCACUGCGACACGUUCCUAGAAUUGACCGGCAAACUCACGCAGAACAAAUCUUCGCCUUCAGUACUGAUUUCGAAUGGUGCUAGAGUGUAUCGAAUGCCAUCUACUCACCUUUGGAAGCCAGUACUUAGGAAGAUUAACCAAUUGCACCUCUUGUUCAAUCGAUGCCCACAGUUUGAUCUCAUCUCUCUGCGAGUUUACCCUAUCUCUUCAGAAAACAAAAAUCCACCAGCUUCCUUAGAUUCGAUGAUAUUUUCGCGCGACUUAUCUCACACUUGCAAUCAAACAAUCAAAAGAGUCGACUCCACGGGAAACCGUUGAUCUUAGCAAUCCUUUUUUCUGUCUUUUUUAUACAUGUUCACCCUUUGUAAUAGGUAAUCGAAAACCGAUCGAAUUAGUAUCUCUUUUACAAUCGAAAAAAGGGGACGCGAUUUUAUAAUGUCUCAGAUAUUUUAAUUUUUCUUAUUUUUGCUUUUUAUAUGAUUACGAUCGGUUAAUCUUAGUAAUAAGUUUUAAUACAAGAAAAUCCUUUAAAAAUUAAACAAAAAAAACAAUAACAACUUCACACACAAAAGCAACUAGUGAGUUGUAUCAUCCAUUGGGUUGAAAGUAUCGUUACGUAAAUGUAAAGUUCUCGAUGAAAAAGUAAUAAAUAUUUUUGUGAUAGAAACUUCCUUGAACGAUAAA